AUGAAAGCGUUCGUGUGCAUUUUAAUCUGCCUGUUGAGUGCAAAUUAUGCGACAGCGCAAUAUGCACGUUGCGUGAAUCCCAAUCAGCGAGCUGGUCUCUGCGUUCACAUUAACGAUUGUCAGACUUUAUAUUCGGUGCUGAAGCAGCCCAACCUGUCGUCCAGUGUUAAGGAAUUCAUCAAAGCCUCCGGCUGUGGCAUGGGCCGAGACAAUCGACCUUUUGUCUGCUGUACUCAAGAUACAGGCUAUACGCGUAGCCGUCGACUCACUCCUUUCUUCAACGACUACGAGGAUAUUAAUGCUGGGAACAACAAUGAUUUCUAUUGGGAGGCACCGGCGCCAGCACCAACGCAGCCAACACGCUCAUUGUUCUUCCCACAGGACGACUUCGGAACGAGGAACUUCAACAACUUUGAUGAGGAGCCUCAAGUUCAGCCACCAGGCCGCAGCACUGGUGGGGUGUGA